UGGCUGUGUAGACACACUAUGAAUUUGUUGACUGGCGCGGCCACCCCGACAACUUGCCGCGUGUCGUCGGUCCUUAAUCGAGAUCGAAAGGCCUAUGGUGCACAGCACAUGUUUGAUGGUACGGACGUGACAUGCUGGAACUCGGACCAAGGGACCCCGCAGCAAGUGCUUCUGUCUUUCCAUCGCCACGUCCACAUCCGUCAAGUGCAUGUGAUGUUCCAAGGUGGGUUCGUUGGGGAAGACGUGCAAUUCCUGGUCACGACGAUGGAGUCCCCCACGGAGUUCCAUGCGCUGCCAGUGUCCAAGCACUUUGACGACGGCAAUGCGAUGCAGUCCGUAGACGUGUCGUGCGACAACGCGACCCAAUUGCGCGUCGUGUUUGGCAAAAGCAGCGACUUCUACGGCCGCGUGACCAUCUACGAGUUACUCGUGUGGGGCCUCGAGGCAGAAUAGGUCAUAAGCAGGAAUGUCACGUUACAUAUACAACUAGGACGACUGGUUCAAGUAGUUUGGGUGCGAAAAACUGGGGGGUACUGCUGUCCUGCUUGUGUGGGGGUUGACAUUUCCCCACAGAUCUGCCUCUUCAUUCUCCAGCGACGACGACGACGUCGUCAUAAGCACGCGCUCCUUCGAGGCCGCCGCUCCUUGUGGAUGGGACGACGCCUCUCGGGCGAGCUGUUCCUGCUCCUUGAGCGCAACGUAGUCGUUCAUGGCCAUCGUGCUGUUAACUUCGUUCUCGUCCAGAGGAUCCUCUUUCAGGUGCGCGUUAUUUCGCCGCAGUUUCCGCACCACACAACAUCCAGCCACCACGAGCGCCGUCACAACGGCGGCGCCCACCAAGAUAUAUGCCGUGGACGACGAUGACGUUGACGCGGAAGGAGUUGUUGACGGCGGAGGUGGAGCGGGGGGUUCGGGAACCGGCGAUGUUGUGGUAGGAAGUGCUGAUGGUGAUGCUGUGGUAGGGAGUGUGGUGGGGGGGGUUGCCGUAGGGACAGUUGGAGAGCGUCGGGUAGUCGUUGGAGCCGGCGUCGUCGUUCGCACGGGGUCGGUCGGGCAGUACACGCCUUUGUCGCAA